CGAUGGAAUGAGGCUGUAACUCUUUUGCUUUGCGGAGAAGAAGGUUGUUGUUUUUUUCCCUCCAAGUUUAAGGAUCGGAACACAUUCCUUCUGCAGGCUUGCAUCAUGGAGGCGAGCAGCCAGUCUAGCAGCCAACAGGUUCCCUUUAAUGAUGUUGAGGCAGCUAAAGGGAAGAAGGCCAAGUACCGGAUCUACCAACGCGUGGGCCUGGUUCUGGCGUUUGUCUUCCUCCUUUUGGGUCUCUGCAUCUUCAGCUUGGCAUAUCUGUGGAGCCCCACUCUGGGAAAAGUCUACGACCACGAGUACAAAGCGGUUCUGGAUGGCGUCGAAACACCCAGCCUGUUGGAGAUCGACUCGAUUCAGCAGAUUGAAAUCUUCCGAAUGGGAAAUGGGAGUCAAGAGGUGCUCGAGGUGCACGAUUUCAAACAUGGACUCACUGCUAUCCGCUUUGCUGAACAUCAGAGGUGCUACAUCAGGAGCCAAACCAGGACGCUACCCAUAGUGGCAGGAGUGGAGGCUGAGGACGGUGACUUCGAGGUGGAGGCCUCGGAUACCAAAAUGGAGGACUCCCGAGUGUGGGUCCCCGCCGAGGAGCCUGUCGCUGACCCGGCGUUCCUUUUCCAGUCCAAGAUCUGGGAAUUCUGCCAGGAGUUGCCCAUCCACUGGAUCAAUCCCUCUCCCCUGAGCGAUUUGGAGCUGGAGGAAGAGGAGGUAGAGCAUGUGGACGCGCCUGACACAGAGGUGAAAGGUCAUCGUUCCGCCCGUGAGGUGGAGUACAACCCUCCCGUGAACGACUACAGAGCCGUGGGUCUGGAGCUGGACAACCGCCUGGAUGAGCGCGGUUACUGCUGCCAGUACUGUCACCACGGCUACCGUUUCUGCCGCCGCUACCACGUGCCCCUCGGCGGCUUCAACCCGUGGCCAUACUACUAUCGGGGAGGCCACGUUGUCUGUCAGGUGGUGAUGCCGUGCAACUGGUGGAUCGCUCGCAUGCUGGGGAGGAUCUGAGGGGGGCGUUGUCCGCCUGGAAUCGUUGCUUUGAUGCAUCUUUUACGCCACUCCUGAGAUGAAUGUCGACCGACCGCUGUUAAUUAUUUCCUGAGCUGAGUUUUGGCCGGAGGCGUACUUGUCACUCUAAAUGGGGCCUGGGGAAUUUUAAAGGCUUUCUUAAAAGGCGGCCGUCGUUUAUCAUUUUUUUUGCUUUUGUUUUUAUGUCGUCCGAUAUAAUGCAUGCUACCAUGUUUGGACUAUGUCAAAUAUUUGAGGAAAACGCGCGUUCUUUUUUGGUUUUAAAUUGCUGUAAUGUAUGAACAGUUACAUACAAUAUAACAGUAAUUCAUGUUGAAGUUUCCAAUAAAGUCUUUAAAGUCA